ACAUAUGUAUCCCGAAAAAUAAAUCCAUAGUGAACGUUUUCGUUCCGAGGAACAAAUAAAAGUUUGUAAAAGAACAUUCCCUAGCGGUAAUUCCCGCGAAAUGAAGCGCCGUUCGAUCGGCAAUUUAAGCUGACAGUUUAACGUUUAACAAUUGUGGCUAUCAAUCAUCCCCGACUGUAAACAUAAAAUAUAUGUAAACUCUCGGAGGACCAUCGAUAUUGUCAUGUCCCGGCUGGAGGCUUCGUUAAGAGCCCAGCCGAGACUGGACCUGAAGUGGUUAAAGAUCAACAUCGAGAAUCUAUUCUACGGUGAGGACGCGCUUAGUAGCUGCUGGAACGCGCUCGUCAACGAUGGCGAAGUCACGGGUCCGUUUUCGACCGGGCUGCUCAACAGUGCCGGUGUUAUGGCCAAGGAGGGCGAGUUUGGAAAAUAUUAUUGCGGGCGAAGGGUGCUGACGUGCACGUGCUGCGACGGUAUAUGCGGGCCUCAGAGCGGAUGCAAUUGUGCCCCUUGCCAAAAGCUGGACGCGGAAAAAGCCGCGCGAACCGCGAAAGACAAAGAGGAGGUGAUUCCGCGUACAGAAACUUUGCUGGAGAGAUGGGCGUGGGGGCCCCAACCAACUGUCGACCAAUUGAAACAGUGCAUAAAAAGCCUCAAUUGCGAACAAGCGUCGCUGUGCCAGGAAGCAGCCACCUGCACCUUGUCGUCCACCCGACUCCACUGUCUUAUUAUCAUACUCAAGCGCUAUUUGAUUGCUUUGAACCGCGUGCCACAUGAUGUUGAGUUUGAUCGGGCGCCGUCGGCCCCAAAGUGCUUCGCUGAGACGGUGGGCAUGGAGGUGAAGAAGCGGUCAAUUUCCGUAGCUGAUCCUGCGUCUGCUUUAGCUAAGGUUGGCUCGAGUGCGGCGCUCAACUUUUCAUUCGCGUUCCUGAGACGCGCCUGGAGGCUAGGCGAGGAUGUGGAUUUGUGCAGUGAGCUGCUGAAGGAGUCACUGGAAGCCAUGAGGAUGUUGCCGGUCGCGACGCUGUACAAUCAAAAGGAAAUAUCGCCAAUUUGGCUUGAAGUCGUUGAUCGAUCCACCAAGUUUUUGAGACAAGUGGCGGCGGCGGACGUUUCCAACAGCAGGCAGUACUGCAACGUCCCGUUAGAGGACCAGCACACGUCCCUCAAUUUACUUUUGGAAUUUGCUCUGCAGAAGGGCACUCUCGGCGCGGUUCUCGACAAUAUCUUGCUCAUGCUAAGUUUAUGGGAGGCGCGCGUCCACUUGGACAAUCGAUCGACCGUCGACGAUGCCGGUGCGCCCCUUCUGCCCUUCAUCCGUCGCUUGGCCGAGAUCAGGCGGACGUUGCCGCUUUCGUCCUCGUUGUCGUGCAAACGGGACGAGAAAGUAUCUUGUGCGGGGGCGUUCCUGGAAAAGAUGCAGUUGCCUGACGACGAAACGUCCGACAUAGAUCUCAAACAGGUCGCAGUAUACACCAUGGCCUAUCUCGAUCAACUCGCCGCCCCUUACAUCCCACCUUCCUCGUUUAAUAAGUCCACGUCUCCGACGAAUGGAUGGCGCGUGUGGGGCUGGGGCUGGCUAUCGUGGGCGUCUGGUCCGGGGCCCCAAUGCUGCGACGCGCUUAGCGAGCUGAGUGUCACGCAGCUACGGUGCUCGCAACGCGGCCUCCUGCUGCUUACCAAAACGGGCAAAGUAUAUUUCGUCUACUACGCGUCCGAAACGCAGUGCCCGCAUCGGAUCGACCUUAUCACGGACGUGGAAAUCGUCCAGAUCGCCGCACACGCGGAGGGGCAACAUUUUAUGGCGCUCGACAAGAACGGCAGGGUGUACUCGUGGGGUAACGGCGACGGGGGACGUUUAGGGCACGGAGACUCCGCCUCGGGAGACGAACCGAUCUUGAUCGAAGCUCUCGCGGAUAAGGAGAUCGCUUAUAUCGAAUGCGGUACCACCUAUAGCGCCGCGGUCUCCGUCGGCGGAACCCUCUACACCUGGGGACGCGGAAAUUACGGUCGGCUCGGCCACGGCACCUUCGACGACUGUCUCGUACCCACCCCCGUGGCCGCCCUCGGCGGCCACCACGUUACUCGCGUCGCUUGCGGUUCCGGCGACGCCCACACGCUCUGCGUCACCUCCCAGGGACGGGUGUUUAGUUGGGGCGACGGCGACUACGGUAAAUUGGGCCGGGGCGGGUCCGAGGGCAGCAAGGUGCCGCGUCUCGUCGAGAAGCUGCAGGACGUGGAGAUCGUGUCCGUGUAUUGCGGCGCACAUUUCAGCGCCGCUCUGUCGCGGGACGGCGUCUUGUACACGUGGGGCAAAGGCGAGGGACGUAAAUUGGGUCAUCCUACCGAGGAGCACGUCCGCGUCCCAGAAGUGGUCCGCGCCCUGGCCCACAAGAAGAUCGCGUCGAUCUCCGUCGGCACAUCCCAUUGCAUGGCACUGACGGCCGACGGCGAGGUGUUCGGGUGGGGUAAGAACGAGAGUCGACAGGUGACCGACUCGGCGGAGCCGUACGUCGCGGAGCCGCUAGCGAUCGACGCGCUCAAAGGCCACCAGAUAGUCGGGGUGUUGUGCGGACCCGUGCAAAGUUUCGCGUGGACGAAUUCGAACCGAUUCCCGCCCCCGGUGGCGUUGCCGUUCGUCGUCGACCUUACGGAGAGUACUUUCAAGCACAUCGACCAACUGCUCGAGAUGGUGACCUCGACGUCGGCUACGUCGCCCGACAGGGAAUGCUUGGCGGUAUCGACGCUGAACCUGCUGCAGCUCCAGCUGCACGGCGUUAUCAACGGCGAAGCUGACCCGAAAACGUGCGGCCUAGCGCCGACCUCGAAACUACUGGCCGGGCUCAAGGCGCGCGUAGUUCAUUUGGCCAGCGCCUCGGGCGUCGUGGCGUCGGUCCAGACGGCCGCCCAGAACGUCCUGCAGACCGGUUGGUCGGUCCUGUUACCGACCGCCAACGGCCGGGCUCGCACCCUCUCUUCCUUGCUGAUGGGUUCAGAUGUCGAACCGAAAAUGUGCAAGUCCGGACACCGAUUCAUGACCGACCUGCUGGUGUGGAGUUUGAUGGCGGACGGCGGUUUGGAGGCCGCGCUGAACGAGUCCCUUAGAGUGGACGUGGCCGAUUUGGCGUGUGCGGACGACAAUAACGACCAAUCGACCACGCCCAUCACCAUACCGUUGCUCUACCUAAUCCGGCAGCUGAUUAGGAAUAUCAGCCACCUCAGCCAGACGUCGCUGAAGGAUUUGUGCGCGUCGGGCAAACAGACGCCGCAGACCAACGUCGCGUCGCCCAGCUUGAAACUGCUGCAGCGAUUCCAACGACUGUUGAUCGGCAAACUGUACCUGCGGAGCGUCGACAAUCGAGAUGCGGUCGAGAACCUGCUGGCCAAGUACCUGGACACUUUCAGUCACCACGUGAACGCGACUUUGGGCGCCGCCCACGACGCGUGCUCACUCGCCCCGAGACAUUUCGGCGGCGUGAUGCAAAUUCUCAAAGCCGAUAUCGUCGGCACGCUACUCCCGGAACUGGUGGUCAGCAUGAUCCUUCUCGAGCACGAGUUAGACAUGUUCUUGGCGGCGGUCGAUUGGCAGGCGACGUUCAAAGGCACGCUGCGCGGUCUCGACCGUUUAUGCCGCGCCUGCCCCGACGCCGACGCCUUCGAUCUCGACGACGUCGGCUGGCCUGGCGUGUUCCGUCCCCGUACCGUCAACUCGACGCAGCGCGUCGCCGACGAGCCGCCACUCAUCCGCCGCUCGGACUUCGAGAACCACAAUCGUGACGGCGGCAAAUGGCUCAUCGUCAACAAUCGCGUAUACGACGUGCAGAACUUCCACUGCGAGAACCAGGCGCUCGCGGACCUCUUGCAGAAGUGUGCCGGCAAAGAUGCCAGCUACGUGUUCAACUCGUCGCAGAACAACAUCCACGUUCUCGACAACUAUUUGGUGGGCAACUACUGUCAUCCCGAACAGAGCGAAGCACGCGCCCCUCCCCCCAAUCUGGACCACAUGUCCGUCUGUUUCGCUCUGAUGGACGUCGAGCGCCACCUAGCUCACCUGCUGGGCACGCACGCGUCCAACCUGCGUCAGAGCUUGCCGCAGAAGGAGGCGGAACUCGAAGCGAAGCAGUGGUUGAACGCGCGGUUCUUGGCCGGCGGCCUGCAGCUCGACCAGCCCCCCGAUCCGUACGAGGAGGAGAAAGGCGAAUCGCGGAGCACCAACUCGACGGCGGAUAAUACGCCCACCGAGCCCAAGGCGAACGUCACGCAGAAGGUGGCGAAAAAUUUCCGAUUGCCGAUGGCGCGGAUCGAUUCGUUCGUCAACGCCUUGGCGGAGAGCCGGUUGUCGGACCCGUACGUUAUAGCGUUUCUGGCGAUAGUAGAGCAACAUUCGAAGGCGAACAAUUUCUUGACCCGGGUCGAUUUUUCGUUCGAACACCCAGUAGAGGAGAUCGGCAGGGUUCUGUUUGCCGUCUUGCUGAAGCACUUGGGCCUCGGUUACGUGUUGUUGCCGAUCUUAGAUGCAUACGCGUCGCAGCCGGGCGGCGCGAGGGUACCGCCACCCGUCGCCGAAAUGAUCCGCCUGGUGCACCAGACCAAAUGGAACCUGAUCAAGGCGCGUCAAGAAGCGAACAAGAGUUACAAGGAGAUAUGCAUACCGCUGCUCGAGCGUUGCCGUUUUCUCUUGUACGAGGUGAAAGCGGCGGUCGGCGUCGAGACGGAGGCGUUCAAGAACGUGAACGCCCUCUACAGGGAGCCAAGGGUGCGCACGCUCGUCAAAAAAGUGAUCCGUGAAUUGAAAUGUGGCCGCCACACCACCGACAUUCAAAAACCGGAGGAUAUCGUGAACGCGACCAUUCAGUCGCAGAGCGUCGAGCGCAAGUCGCACGAAGAUCUCGCGAAGUACGGAACGACGCGGAAACCGACACCUAUCGACGGCAAAAGCGAGACGGACGACGUUAACAACGAGAUCAAGAACGGACGGCAGAGGGCGCCGGACGGAGGUAAGUGGGUGGCCGAGAAGAUGGCGGAGGCUGCGCCGAAACUCGACGGCAACGACGACGAGAAGGAGAAGAAGACGCAGCGGGAGAUUGUCCUCGCCGGUAUCGUGUCCCGUUUGACGGAGAAACAGAUGAGCCGCGCGUGCGCCGAAAAUUUGGACCUGAUGGGCGCCAUAUUGGAUUUCGUCGUCGUGUCCGGCGUCGACGUAGACGUGCUGCGCAAGGUCAUGUACUUGCAGGUUAAACGGUGUAAAACGAGGAAAGGGGGUCUGAACAUGAUCCGGCAAUUGCUGAACGAGACGACGCUCUUAACGUCCGUCAGAUACGCGAUAAUCAACGGUUAUUUGGGCGCCGAAAAAACAACCGACGACCGACGGGCGCAGCACUGCUUGGACAAUAUUCAGCUGGUGACACCGUUCCUGAAAACGGAAACCAUGCUCGGGCAGCUGGCCGUCACCGAAUGGUGCGUCGACGCCCUCCGAAACUACAUCCUGAGGGACGUGCCCGCGAAAUCGGGGAAACUCAAGGGCAACCCCAAGGUCGUCCUCAAUCUCGGCACGCACGCCCUCCUGCGGGACGUACCGCGCGCGCGUAUGCUGCUCGCAUUGCUCGGCGUGCUCGCGUCCGACCGUUACAACGCGCCGGAACUGAGCCCCUUAGUGAACAGCGGCGUGAUUAGUUCGGUGCUGGGGUUGCUCAAGCAGGCGUGCUGCGAGCAGACGGCGACUAGAAGAGCGUCCGAGUGUUACGUGUUGUACGCGGACGUCGUUGACGGUGACAAACCGAAACCGAGCUCCCUGAGCGGGCCCGAGGUCGCCAACCUCAUGAAACUGGGCGCGAGGGUGGUGCGUGGGGUGGACUGGAAAUGGGGCGACCAAGACGGCAGCCCGCCCGGCGAAGGUCGCGUCAUCGGCGAACUGGGCGACGACGGAUGGGUACGGGUGGAAUGGGCCAACGGUACCACCAACAGUUACCGCAUGGGCAUCGAGGGCAAGUACGACCUCGCACUCGCGUUGCCUCCGUCCCCCGUUACGUCCGAGACGGAGAGCGAAGAGUCGCGCGACAAAACGUCGCCCGUCGCGAGAGACAAUCGCCUGAUUCGAAUGCUGCGCGAGGCGUGCGUCAAUUUCCUACGAAACGUGGCGGUCGGCGCGGGCCUGUCGCGGGACGAUCUGCACCAGACUACGCUACAUGGCCUGAGCGCUCUGUUUUGCUCGGCUCUGGGCGGCGCCGGCUCCGAAUGGUGCGGUUUGACGCUGAUCCGAACGGUGUGCCAGACGCGGCAGAUGUGCAGGGCGUUCAGUACGAAACCCUGGAUGGCGAUGCUGCUGGGCUUCUUGACGCCGCCCGCGAGCGGCAACGAGUUGAAUUUGCCGAAACAAAUUAUGACGGUGCGCCUGCUGCGCACCGUGCUCGCGUCCUGGGACAUGGACAGUCCAGACAUACCGGUCGUGUCGGACAAGCUGCUGCACAUCCUCGGUAACGUCAUCGUCACUUGUUCUUACGAUGUCGGCAAUAAACCGGCGGUCGGCGACAAGUCGCUCGUGCUGCUCACCCAGUCGCACAGCAGCACCCUCGCGCAGGAAAUCGUCGUCCUGCUGCGCGGCCUGCACACCUCGCUGGGCUGGAAUCAGGUGCUCAACGCCGUCAUAGCGCAAAAGCUCGCCCUCGCCGCUUACUUUCUCGGCGCCGAGGGCGUGGCUUCCGACCUGCAGCAUUUCGCGGUCAUCGCCUGUAUGAACGUCGUCGGCGGUUGGGACACGCGACCCCGAAUCGGCGCCCUCGCCGAGGUGGACGGCGCGCCCGGCACCGUGAUCGGAGUCACGCCCAAGGGCAAACUGUGCGUGCAGUUGCACGAGACCGGCGAGGUGAAAAAGGUUCCCGUCCACGGGCCCAAGCUCGCGCCGCAGCCGGAGUUUUCGUUCGAAAAAAUGCCGAUGAACGAGGCGGCCGUUAAAACGUGGGCCGGCCUGCUGAUGAUCCGUCACGGCUCGCCGAACCCGCACGAGAGGAAGUCGUAUCACGGCCAGGUGAAUCUGGCAUACUUGCGCGUCCAGCAGAACGUCUUGAGCGCGUUGAACGCGACGCGCGUACUGCUCGGCCACCGGGGUCGUCUCAGGAAAGUGCUGAGGUACCCCGUGAACGGCAUGGAUCAGUCGCAAGAACAGCAAUCGAUCGAAGAAGAGUUGAACCAGCAGCCGGUGCUUCUGAUCCAGAAACUGCUGGCCAAGGCGACGCAGCCGAGUCCUCUGAAACCCGGCUUCCGUCUAGCGGAUAUGCAGCUGGCGGCGCUCAACCUGAGCCAGUACUUGGCGGCCGAAGGAAAUUUCGAGUCGUCGUCGGGCAUCAGCAACGACAAACCGACGAUGCCGAGGGGCCCCACGAGCGAGCCGGCCACUCCCAACAGCGAGUGUUCGGUGAAGAGCGUCGUCAGCGAAAAGACGAGCAAGAGGAUGGAACUGAACGAGGACACGCCCUCUCCCGUCGUCAACCAGAUCGUCGAGAUGGGAUUCACGCGGAAGGCGGUCGAAUGCGCGUUAAAGACUUUGACGGUGACACGCGACGACCCCAUUAAUCCCGAAUCGAUAGUCGGAUGGCUCCUCGAACAUCCCGAGAUCGCGGCCGAGGAUACGGAAUCGCUGAGUUCGGUUUACGAGUCCGAUACCGAAUCGGUAUCGUACGACAACGGUACCGGCGCCGCGGCGGACGUCUACGGCGACGACGCCGGUUCGCGAAGCUUCUGCCGUCGGUCUCAGUUCCUAUCGAACGACGAGUACGCGAUGUACGUGCGCGACAACGUCGAGGUGGGCAUGCUCGUGCGCUGCUGCAAGAGCUACGAGGAGGUGCAGCUCGGUGACGUCGGGAAAGUGAUCAAGAUCGAUCGCGAGGGCCUGCACGACCUCAAUCUGCAGGUCAAUUGGCAGCACAAGGUGAGCACCUACUGGGUGCGGUUCAUCCACGUCGAACUGCUCGGAUUCCCGCCGUCCGCGCCCGCGCCCGCCUCCAUCAAAGUGGGCGACCGGGUGCGCGUGAAACCCACGGUCGCCACGCCCAGGUACAAGUGGGGCUACGCGACCCACGACAGCGUCGGCGUCGUCACCGCGAUCGCCGCCAACGGCCACGACGUCACCGUCGAUUUCCCCAAGCAACAACAAUGGACCGGGCUACUGUCGGAGAUGGAGGCGGUGCCCGCUUGCCACGACGGCGUCGCCUGCGCCGGCUGCUGCGCCGUGCCAAUCCGCGGCCCCCGCUUCAAGUGCCAAACGUGCGACGGCUACGACCUCUGCGACAACUGCUUCUACACCAAGCGGAACCACCGGCACGCGUUCGGGCGAAUCGACGAGCCGGGCGCGGGGGAGGUGAGCGCGGGCAGGGCCGGCCGCUAUUACCGUCAGGACACGUUCGAGGUCGACGGCGAGAUCGUCACCGAGUGGACGCGACUCGUCAAGAACGUGUCCGUUUCGUCCAAGUACGGGACGCGUUUCGAAUUGCCCGGCGGCACGUGGCAGAGCAACGGCUCCCAGGGCAAGCACUGGAUUCGUCUCGAACUCUAUCCGGACGUGGUCGUCAAGAGUCUGAAAAUCGGCGUCGACCCGUCCGACAACAGUUACAUGCCGUCGGUGGUGGUCGUCAACGGAGGCUACACCGUCAACUCGCUUUUCGAACUCGACUCGGUAUCGGUGAAAACCAACGACACCGUCGUCCCGUUACUCUCCAACAUGGACAAGCACUACCCCAUAGUCGAAAUCAACGUGACCAAGUGCCGCAACAACGGUAUCGAUUGCAAGGUGCACGGCGUCUUCCUCGUCGGCGUCAAGAAACACUUUUACGGCGAACCGAAGACGUCGGUGUCGUUCCUCGCGAACGAUUGGGACCUGAACGAGGAGGCGCCUGCGCCUGUUUCCCGGGACGAACACGUCGCCUCGCCGGACGACUCGGCCUGCCGCGUGUUCGUGUGGGGCCUGAACGACAAGGACCAGCUGGGCGGCAUAAAAGGCUCCAAGGUCAAACUUCCCGCGUAUUCCGAACCGCUCGCCCAACUGAGACCGAUCCACAUCGCCGGCGGCUCCAAGUCGCUGUUCGUGGUCUCGCAGGAGGGCAAACUCUACGCCUGCGGCGAAGGCACCAACGGCCGUCUCGGCCUCGGGCACAGCAUGAACGUGCCCCACCCCCGGCCCGUGCCCUUCCUUAGUCAGUAUGUGGUCAAGAAAGUGGCCGUCCAUUCGGGCGGCAAACACGCGAUGGCCCUCACCCUCGACGGCAAGGUGUUCUCGUGGGGCGAGGGCGAGGACGGCAAACUCGGCCACGGCAACCGUCUCAAUCUCGACAAGCCGAAACUCGUCGAAGCGCUGAAGAGUAAAAAGAUCCGCGACGUGGCGUGCGGCAGCUCGCAUUCCGCCGCCAUCACCAGCGGUGGCGAACUGUACACGUGGGGUCUGGGCGAGUACGGCCGUCUCGGCCAUGGCGACAGCGUCACGCAGCUGAAACCGCGACUCGUGAAGGCGUUGGCCGGGCACCGGGUCGUGCAGGUGGCGUGCGGGAGUCGGGACGCGCAGACCCUCGCCCUCACCGAUCGCGGUCUGGUGUUUUCGUGGGGCGACGGCGACUUCGGCAAGCUGGGCCGCGGCGGUUCCGAGGGCUGCGACGUGCCCCACAACGUCGAGAAACUCAACCACCUCGGUGUCGUGCAGAUCGAAUGCGGCGCCCAAUUCUCGCUGGCCCUCACCAAAACGGGCACCGUUUGGACCUGGGGCAAGGGCGACUACUUCCGUCUCGGCCACGGUACCGAUCAACACGUGCGCAAACCGACGAUGAUCGAGUCGCUGCGCGACAAACGCGUCGUCCACGUGGCGGUCGGCGCGCUCCAUUGCCUGGCCGUUACCGACGACGGACGGGUGUACGCGUGGGGCGACAACGACCACGGCCAGCAGGGCAACGGCACCACCGCCGUUAAUCGAAAACCCGCGCCGGUCCACGGCCUCGACGACGUCCGCGUCAACAGGGUGUCGUGCGGCAGCUCGCACUCGGUCGCGUGGACGUCGCGAGACACGCAGACCGCGUCCAAGGCGGAGCCCGUCAUAUUCCCGGUCGCCAAAGAUCCGCUCGGCUCCUCCAUACUGGGACUGUACGACGGCGACGCGUCUCAGACCCCGACGACCUCGAAAAACGCGCCCACGUUGAGCGACAUCGUUAUGUCGCUAGAGAGCAACGCCGCCAAACAACAGGCGCUCCAGCACGUGCUGAACGCGAUGCACGUGCAGCAACUGAGACGCGCGAUCGUCGGUGCGCUGCGCAGCCAUACCGACGUGAAGAACCUGCCCGAGUACGCGGACGCCGCGGCGGCGACGACCCCGGGCGACGAGAGACCGAACCACGGAGGCGGCGAGGCGCCCGCCUCACUCGCGGACGCUGAAACCGCCGACGACAACCAGCAGGCGACGUUCCCGCAAUCGAUGACGGCGAGCAGUUGCUCCGCGAGCGUCUCGUCCAAACACUCGAGGAUGUCGACGAGCGCCAUGUCCGUCGUGGCGGCCACCCUGACGUCCCACGCGGAGGUGGUCGGUGACGGCGACGCCGCUUUGGACGAGUUCGCGUCCCCGCUGACGGAAAACGACGCCCGACUGCUCGUCGACUUGCUGAAACUCGCGGUGGCCGAUCGGAUCGAGGACGACCACGCCAAGGACGUCCUUUCGUCGGUUUUGAUCGCGAUGGGCGCCGGAGACGCGUCGAUACGCGCCACGCUGCUCGAGAUAUGCGUGACGGAACUCGAGGACGCGGCCAACGCGACGCACGCCUCUUCGACGAGUCCGCAUCCCGUGGUGCAAGAGUCCAGUCAUCCGUACGUCGACGACGUGACGCUGCGCGGUCACGUGCGCCUCCCGGGAGCGGACGCGCUCCGCGUCGAGUUCGACCGACGCUGCUCGACCGAACGGCGUCACGAUCCGUUGCAAAUCACCGACGGUACCGGCAAAGUGGUGGCGACGCGGUCUGGCCGCGAGUGGAGCGACUGGUCCUCGGAACUAAGGAUUCCCGGCGACGAACUGCGCUGGACCUUCACCAGCGACGGUUCCGUCAACGGGUGGGGAUGGCGGUUCACCGUCUAUCCGGUCGUGUCGAGCGGCGGCCUUCGCGACUCGGGCUCGGACCGAGCGAUCCUCGGCCAACCCUCGAUCGACACGGUCGCAUGUCUGUUGGAUCCGAGGCUACACGCGGCCGCGGACCCCGCCCUCACGUCCCGCCUCGCGACCGCUCUGGCGUCCUGUUCGCAGCUCGGUUUUCUCGCCGCCCACCAGAGGAUGUGGGCGUUGCGAAAGCUCCGCGAUAUAUUGACGGACGACCCCGACGACGAAGGUGCCGCGCGCCGUCUCGCCCGUCUGGGCUCGUCCGACGGCGCGUUGGCCGGCCUCCUCGACGAGCUCCCGCGAGCGCUGCUCCGCCAGUACGAGUACGAAGACGGCUCGGUCAGGGCGGGCCUCCACCUGAUGCACUCUGACUUUUUCAAGGUGCUCGCGGCGCUCGCGUGCGACCUCGAAGUGGACCGCAUGCCGGACGUCGUCGAGAACCACAAGUGGGCGUGGUUCAGGCGGUACUGCAACGCCGCGAGGGUGUUCAAGUCGCUGAUUCGUCGCGCCCCGUUGCCGCGGUCGUUUUGCGUGGAGGUGCGGAAAAAGUUUUGCGAGAGCGCGGACGCGGGUGACGACGACGACGACGACGACGACGGCGGCGGCGGCUACCGGGACCACGAGAAGCACACGCUGUUCAAGAAAGAGCACGACGAACAACUUUUGGUGUGGUUGAAUCGGCGUCCCGAAGAUUGGACGCUGUCUUGGGGCGGUUCCGGCACGAUAUACGGCUGGGGCCACAACCACCGUGGUCAGUUGGGGGGCGUGGACGGCGCCAAGGUGAAGGUGCCGACGCCGUGCGAGGCCCUCACGCAACUGAGACCCGUUCAACUGGCCGGCGGCGAACAGACCCUCUUCGCCGUCACCGCCGACGGCAAAGUCUAUGCCACCGGUUACGGUGCCGGCGGCCGUCUGGGUAUCGGCGGCUGCGACUCGGUCCUCGUCCCCACCCUCCUCGAAUCGAUCCAGCACGUGUUCGUGAAAAAGAUCGCCAUCAAUUCGGGCGGCAAGCACUGUCUCGCCUUGUCCGCCGACGGCGACGUAUACUCGUGGGGCGAAGGCGAGGACGGCAAACUCGGCCACGGCAACCGCCUCUCCUGCGAGAAACCAAAGCUGAUCGAGGCCCUCCAAGGCUACGAGGUGGUCGACGUGACGUGCGGCGGCGCCCACUCGGCCGCCGUCACCGCCUCCGGCCACCUCUACACCUGGGGCAAAGGCCGGUACGGGCGUCUCGGUCACGGCGACAGCGAGGACCAGCUCAAGCCGAAACUUGUCGAGGCGCUGGUCGGCUACAAGGUGGUGGACGUGGCUUGCGGCUCGGGCGACGCCCAAACCCUCUGCGUCACCGACGACGACAACGUGUGGUCGUGGGGCGACGGCGACUACGGCAAACUGGGCCGCGGCGGCUCCGACGGCUGCAAAGUGCCCAUGAAAAUCGAGAGUUUAGCCGGACUGGGCGUGGUCAAGGUCGAGUGCGGGUCGCAGUUUUCGAUCGCGCUCACGCGUUCCGGCAGCGUGUACACGUGGGGCAAGGGCGACUACCAUCGUCUCGGCCACGGCACCGCCGACCACAUGCGACGCCCGAAGAAGGUCGCGGCGCUCCAAGGCAAGCGGAUCGUGUCGAUCGCGACCGGCUCGCUGCACUGCGUCGCGUGCUCCGACGCGGGCGAGGUGUUCACGUGGGGCGACAACGACGAGGGCCAAUUGGGCGACGGCACCACCAACGGUAUCCAGAGACCGCGGGUCGUCGCCGCGUUGCAAACGAACGCCAAGAAAAUCACGCACGUGGCGUGCGGCUCUGCCCACACGCUCGCCUGGUCGACCGACAGUUCGGCGUCCGCCCGGCUGCCGGCCGUCGCGCCGAUCGAAUACGACCUACUGCGGGACAUCGACGCGCGCGUGCUGCACCGACGUCUCGUCCUGCUCCAUCAUUUUACGGAACUGAUCUGUCCGUGCAUCGCGAUGUUCCCGAUCUCGGGCGAGGAGUCGCUGCACGAGCUGCGCCACAUCCUCAUCUAUUACAUCAAAGAGGCGACGUUCCGCAAGGUGGUGCAGGCGACCAUGGUGCGGGACAAGCACCACGGCCCGAUCGUCGAGUUGAACCGGCUCCAAGUAAAAAAGUCGCGAUCGAGGGGCGGCGGCCUCGCCGGCGUCGACGGCAUCAAGUCCGUGUUCGGUCAGAUGGUGACGAAACUGCCCCUGCUGACGUCCGAGGCGUUGGCGUUGCCGCACCGCGUGUGGAAGGUGGAGUUCGUCGGCGAGAGCGUCGACGACUGCGGCGGCGGUUACAGCGAGAGCAUCGCCGAGAUGUGCGACGAACUACAGAACGGCUCGUUGCCGUUGCUCGUCCCCACGCCCAACGGGAGGGACGAGUCGGGCGCGAAUCGCGACUGUUUCGUGCCGAACCCGACCGCGACCACUUGCCUCCAUCUGAACAUGUUCCGGUUCUUGGGCGUGCUGAUGGGCGUCGCGAUCAGGACCGGCUCGCCGCUCAGCCUGAGCCUCGCGGAACCGGUGUGGAAGCAGCUGGCCGGCGUCGAAUUGACCCCGGCCGAUUUGACCGAGAUCGAUCGCGACUACGUGCCCGGUCUGCUCUGUAUACGGGACGCGGGACCCGACGAGCCCCUCUUUCGCAACCUCGAGAUGCCGUUCUCGACGCCGUCGUCGUGCGGCACCGACGUGCCGCUCAGCGCCAAGUACCGGAAGAUAUCGUACGAGAACCGCCUCGAAUACGUGCGGUUAGCGUUGAACUUUAGACUCCACGAGUUCGACGAACAAAUCAAAGCGAUACGCGACGGCAUGUCAAAGGUAGUCCCGGUUCCGCUGCUUUCUCUGUUCAGCGGUUACGAACUGGAGACGAUGGUGUGCGGCUCUCCCGACAUCCCGCUCACUCUCCUCAAGUCGGUCGCGACGUACAAGGGCGUUGACAGUAGCGCCCCCCUGAUCCAGUGGUUCUGGGAAGUCAUGGAGGAGUUCACCAAUCAGGAACGCUCUUUGUUCCUGCGGUUCGUGUGGGGCCGGACGCGUCUUCCGCGCACCAUCGCGGAUUUUCGCGGCCGCGAUUUUGUCAUUCAGAUCAUCGACAAGUACACGCCGCCCGAUCACUUCCUGCCCGAGAGUUACACUUGCUUUUUCCUGCUUAAAAUGCCAAAGUAUUCCUGCAAGCACGUGCUUCAGCAAAAAUUGAAGUACGCCAUCCACUUUUGCAAGUCCAUUGACAAGGACGAGUACGCGAGGGUCGCGAUGACCGGCGACCUAGCGGUCAGCUCGAGCUCCGACGUCGAGAGCGACCCCGACAUGGACAGCAGCAACUGAGCCUUUUUUUUUACUUGCAGCACCGCGCGUUGAGAGCAGUAUUUUUAAUUUGCGUCUACACCGCCAUCUAGUCACCGUUAAAUUAAGAAAGUUUUCUUACAAAGCGAGUUUCAUUUACCUCCGACCGGCAACGCGGUGAUGUCACCGUGCAGCGUUUUCGUGCAAUUGUCGUGUUCUGUGGUCCGCCGAUUUUUCGCGUUAUCUACAGAUCGUCACGUCUAUUUUGAAGUGUGUCUUAUUGUUAUUACAUUAAUUUUUAAAAAUUUAGUUCUUUUAUCAUAAAGUUUUGUUUUUAAUUUUGUAAUUUAAUUAAUUAAAAACAAAAAAAUCAAGAUUAAAUUAACAAAUGACAACGUAAAAGUAGAAAGACACCGUUGUUUUUUUAUUUUUAAAUAGUAUUUUCGUUAAAAUUUCAAUUUUAACGGUGUAAGAAAUGUGAAUCACAAAGAAAAUAAAAAUAAACGAGAGAAUUUUUAUUUCUAACUUUUUAAAGUACAUCUUUUUGUUUAAGUUAAUUUAAUAAUUCUGUUAAGAUGCAAGCUGCAUGUCGAGAGUGGUAUUACUGAUUGGCGUCUACACAGCCCUCUGGUCACCGUUAAAUUAAGAAUCAAUCGAGUUUCAUUUGUCCCUUAUCGGCAACGCGGUGACGUCACGUGCUGUACUAAUAUCGAGUUAUCCUUUUUUCAUCGUAUGGUCCGUGAAUUAUUUUUUUGCCACCUAUUUGUUACGAAUUGAUAAGUGUCAUGUUCUGUGGUCUACUUGUGUCAUCUCUAGACCAGAUAUUUUUGAAAUUGAAUUUGGCGGACCGUUGGCGUCGAACCGGCAUAGUAUCCGCAAUGGAUUCGUUUUACGACGCUCCUAGACGACCGCCGUUUCUUCCUCCGAGAGAUCGACUGUCGGCGCCGGUAGUGCCAGAAGUCUCUGUUCUUGGAGCUUCUAACGAUUUCGAACCCUACCGGAGCUGGAAAUUAAAACAAAACCCUUAUCAUAACCGAUGUGCCGAAUCGAACAAGGAGAAUAUUAGUCAAAAUACUU